AAUAUCGAAGUUUACGAAGGAGCGAAAAAGAAAAAGAAAUUCAUCUUCAUGGAUGAAAAAGAGUGAAGGAUAAACGAAGACGAGGAGGGCGCGUAACGGGACAGCUCAGAGGAAAACAAGUUAUAAAGAAAUUUCCCCAAGAAAACUAUGGAAUUUGUAUGAGGUUUGACUUGUUGGACAGAAUUUGCAAACACAUUCUAGCUAAAAAAGGCCUUGUGCCCCUUUUAUUCUCUUAGGGGUCUUUGGAAUGGAUGGAGAAAAAGAAAAAGAGCGGGAGAGAGGAAAUGAAAAAGAGAGUGAUGAGACAGAGGAGGAUGCAGAGGGGGCAGCCUUGUUAUGGCAAAAGGGAUACCCUGAUGAUGACCUGGGCUUACCCAUCAUGCACUGGGAGGAUCUGAGCCUUCGUAUUGCUGAACUUGAGAAGCAACAAGAAGAGCAGAGACAGAGCGAAAAGGACUUGGACAAGCUGACAGUAGACUGGCCAGAAAUCAGAGGGCUGAGCAGUCACAGAGAAUCCUAUGAGGACAUGGAGGAUGAUUGCAACAGUCGUCUGACUUCUCUGACAUCAAGGCUCCAGAGCCAGAUGAAUCUACAGCUGUGCUUCAUCAAUAACAGUGAAAGUGAGGAGGAAGAAGAGGAAAUAGAGGCAAAGAAAGAGGUGGCAAAACAGUCCAGUAAGAGUGGCAGCAUUCAGAGGUUAGAGAAGGAGCGUGGUUCAAGCUCUGCAACGACUAAGAAAACCAAAUCAAGAGGGUUUAAGAAUGAUGUCAGAGCUGCACUGAGUGUACUUAGACACAAAUUGAGACUGGAGCAAAAACAGACUAUACCUCCCAGUGAGGCUGUCAAAGAAAGGAAGCACUAUGAGCGAAAUGACUUGAAGAAUUUCAGCUUGAAGGAGUUGAAAGCAUUGAGGACCUCACUAAGCAAAGACAUUCAUGACCUCAGUUCAGAGCUGGUGGGUCGACUUCUCACAAGGGACAAGCUGAGAACAGAGCAGGAUGCCAUGCUGCUGGAGGUACAAGAUAUGACAUCACUCUGAUGCACAAUCAACAAAAUGGAACAAAAUGACCGGACAUUCGUUUACAAGAGCUGCCUGAUCUAAUGACUUUACUGUGAAAAGCUACAGCACUCCAUCAUCACUGCAAAAUACUUGUAAGGUUUUUUAAGUUUUUCAUUUCAGCUUUUUUAUGACACUUUUAAGGCACCAAUGAGAAUUUAAAAUAGCCGUUUACAUUCUCAUAAUUGAUAGAUCAA